UCGCGUGCAGUUCGUUUACGGCAAGCUUCGCGCGGAUUACGACGGCGGCGUCAUUUGGCGUUGUUUGGAGGAAAAAUCUCCCACCCCCUUUUCUCUGUGUACUCUCCCCCGGUCCAGAGGGUGAGUGAAAGUUCCCAGAACGGCGCCAAACGCAACAGGUUCGAAAAACAGUGACUUUCCGAGGUGACCACCAAAACCAAAAAGCAAACAAAAACGAAACAAAAACAGCGAAACAUGGCACAUUUCUCGAUCACCGAAAUGCCGGACAUGAAGGUGACGGACACGUUCCCGAAGAGUGGCCGUGUGACGGAAGUGUGCAAAGAAUGGCUCGUGCGGGAAGACGGAGCACUCGCUCUUCAGCUACAAAACCAAGAAAUCAGUGAGCAUUACAGAGGCAAUAAACAGCGCAACCAAAUCGUCCGGCAGGACUUCCCGACCGCACUCUCGGAGCAGAUACGCGAGAAGGAGGAUGCCGAGCGGCAGGCGGCCCUUUACCAUCAGAUGAUAAACGAACAGGAAGAGAUGGAUGCAAAGGUAGCACGCGAAGUCGCGGAACAACUGAACCGUGAGGCCAAACUAAAGCGACAGCUCGAGCAAGAGCGAAGCGAAAUGUUGGUCCGCAAGCUCCAGGAGCAGGCUCUCCUGGGUGAAAGGAGGCAUCCAGCUGGGGCUGCAAAUGGCGCCGUUGCUGGACCGUCCGUGCGACAACAUCCGGUACCGGAGCCACACAGUGCCAACCCGUUCCCGUUACCUCCCCGAACGCACCCCAAACCACCGUCGGCAGCGGCCGGAACAAGUUCCGGAGCUCGCCCCACAAACAGCUCGAAUGGGUCCCACUUUAUGGCCCAUUCACCACCCCCACCAGCAGCUAGUACCGGUUCGGGUGCGGCAUACAACGCCAGAUCGAACGGUCAGCCGGAUCUGCACUACGCGUCGUUGGAUUUGAACUCCCCCAAGCGGCCACCACCGCAGCCAGUGUUUCAGAACGGCCGGGCGUACCAGGAGGUGGUGUUUACGACACCACCGGAUCAACACACGAACCGCCCGCCGGCCAACUAUCAUCAGUAUUCGGACGACGAAGAACCGCUGACACCGUCGUACGCCAACGUUAACCUGCAGUCCCACACGCCGGAGAAGAAGCAACCGCAACCACCGCCGCCCCAACCGUACCGGCAUGGACCGCGCGCGUUGGUGGACGACACGGUGGACAGCAUCCGGCCGUACGAUAUGCCACUCACGAACGAUGACUUCCAGUACCAGUAUCCACUGCCACCGACGCUGAACAAUAUCUCCGGCUCGGGACCGAGAGGUGGUGGACCGGUGUCUUCUCCCAUGUCCUCCACGUCGUCCUCUUCCGCACGCUACACACACAACAUUGUGGCCCCGCCCGAGGCGGACUAUCAGAACAACACGAACUUUAAUAAAAUGUCUCCGGAGAAGUACGUUUCCCCGCCACCGGUAUCCCACCGGCCACCCGGUGGUAACGAUAUUAACUCCUAUCGAGCAACCGAACUCGGUGCGUCCAGUGGAGCUCAUCGCCGGCAGGAUAUGGCAGUCCAAAGAAACGCGAAUCCUAUCAACUACAACCUGUACGAUGAUGACGACAUCGAGGAGGCACUCGGGGCAACAUCGGGCGCCGGUGCAAGGAUGCAGUCCAGUGGGCUUCCUCCGGUGGCGGACCCACUGGGAGAAGCGGGUCCGAGCAGCAGCAGCAGCAGCAAUCGGUAUAUGAACGGUGGAGCGACUCCGAAAAACAUUUUCCAAUCGCAACAACCGCACGGAGCGGGUGGUGGCGUGAUCUACCAGAACCAUCCGCAUUCGUCCCAUGCCUCACCGAGUCACUCGAAAAAUAGCAGCUACGAUAAGACGGAUCGCAUACGAACGCUGCAAGAUUUGGGACUGGCGCCGGAUGAAAUACUUGAGAUCGAUAUGCGGCUCGAACAGGAACUGCGUGAUGCGGAGCUGGCCCGAAAACUGCAAGAAGAGGAAGGCGGUGAGCUUGACCAGGAGUUCAUCGACCGCAAGGUGGCAAUGGAGGCACAAGAUAAGGAGCUCGCUAAAAUGCUUCAGGAGCGUGAACGGGCCAAGGCAAAGCGUGCCCGCGAAAAGGCUCGCCUAAAGAAGGAGGCUCGAAUGCAACAGCAGCAGCAACAGCAACCACCGGAGGAGGGCAGUGGGCCCGAAGCUGGUGGUGACGGACAGGAGCAAACCGCUUCCGUUGAGGACACCGCGGGAGAUGCUUCGUACUCGAACCCGAUCGAUAUGCUGCAAAAUAUGCAACAGCAGCAGCUUCUGCAGCAACGAUCGAUGGGAGGUGGUGUGCCCUCGAGCUCACGGGCAUACUACGGUGCUCCGGUUCCCGCACCGACGGCGGCAGGGGAUGCGGUGGCACUUCAUAGCCAUCAUCGAACGCAGGGAAGCAUUUCAUCGCACGGAUCUGGUGGAAGCUAUAACCACCACCAUCAUCAGCAGCAGCUGCAACAAUCCAGUCCUCCGGGGGCCGUACCGAUCAGCGACGAAAACUACUCCAACCCCGUGGACAUGAUAAAGCAGCAGAAACAGCAACAGCAACAGUUGAUGAUGAUGCAACAGGUGCAGAGUCAGCAGCAGCAGCAGCAGCAGCAGCGCGUCGGACCGAAUCUCAAACUGUCCGCCAAUGUCCAGCGACUGGUGGAAAAUGGUCGAAAGGAGGACGAAAUCUACGUCCUACCCGUGUCGGAAGAUGAUCUACAAGGAGACCAGCAACGAAGUCCGCAAAGGGCGGCCGCAGCAGGAAACCGUUUAUUGGCAUCACCUGGUUCGAGGAAUCCAUAUUUGGAUGACAAUAUCGCGACGAAAAUCGAUCCGACUUUCCAAGGUUCCGGGUUGGGACCAUCGCCAACAUCAACUGCGACGAAUUCACUCAACUCCUCCACUGCCACAAACCAUCCAUCUCAACCUGACAUCCUGGAAUUCUCCGAUCCCGGUUCGUCUAGUCCAGUCCCGCCGUACAUGCCGAUCCAGGGAACGCGCCGCAACAACUCCGCCGACGGGAAGAAGCGCAAGUCGAAGGAACGCUGUGCUCAGCAGUGAUCAUCAAUGAUCGCGGUGGAAGGAUACGCAUUUGUUUUGCUUUUAAAUACUUUUGUGCUUCGGGAAUCGCGUUUAAAGAAGCAUCUUUUUCGAAUCUAAGCUGUAUUUAUACAAAAAAAACAGUAUCUGUAUGAAGGAGCGUUUUUUGUCGUAUUUUGUUUAAGUAUACACAUUGCUAAAGAGAAAGGGGAGAAAGUUUAAGGAGAUUAUAAAUCUACAACAAUAUUGCUAUUUAUCGAAGAUCGUUUAGCUUUGAUCGCUCAGAAGUCGCUUGAUCGAAUGUGUUUUUUUCUCCAGUGACACCGAUGCUUUAUUGAAUGAAAACGAAUAUAUUUUAUAA